AUGGGCUCAAUCGGGGCAUCAUCCAAGACACAGACCGGGGCAGCAAUUGCCGCCGCAACCCAGAAAUACAGCCAAGCCAGUCUCCCCAACUCUUCUGAGGAAUGGCUUUCACGGGCACGCGAAGUGGCACAGGUUUUGUCUCUCGACGCGCCGCAGCGAGACAUUGAAGGCAAAUCGCCUUUCGCCGAAGUAUCCCUCCUCAAAGCAUCAGGACUCACAAAACUGCUCGGCCCAGCCGAGUACGGCGGCGCCGGCCAAGACUGGGCGACAGCCUACAAAGCGAUCCGCGAAGUCGCACGGGGCGACGGCUCAAUCGGCAUGCUGUUGGGUUACCACCUACUCUGGUCGACGACCGCCAACGUCGUGGGCACCGAAGACCAAAACCGACGGGUGUGGCAACAGAUCCUAUCCAACAACUGGUUCCUAGGCGGCGCCGUGAACCCGCGCAGUGCCGACCUCAAGAUCACCGAGGCCGACGACGGCAAACACAUCAUCUUCAACGGGUUCAAGUACUUCAACACGGGCGGCGUGGUCUCCGACGCCACGAUCCUCGAAGGCGUGCUCGAAGGCAGCGGAGGCCAACAUAUCUUCACGCUCGUCCCCACGAAUCAGCCGGGAAUUCAAUUUUCUCAUGACUGGGACAACAUCGGCAUGCGGCUCACGGAAUCCGGCAGCGUCAAGAUCGAAAACGUCCGUGUUCCAUGGACCGAUGCAUUUGGCUGGGACAGCGCGACCAAGAAGCCCAUCGAGUCGAUUUUGAGUAUUCCCUAUGCCUCGCUGUUGCUGCCGACUAUUCAGCUGGUGUUUUCGAAUUUCUAUCUGGGUAUCGCGUUGGGUGCUCUGGAUGAGGCGAAGAAGUGGACCACCACCAAGACUCGAGCGUGGCCGUAUGUAGCUGGUGGAGAUGUCAAAGACAAGGCCACGGAUGAACAUUACAUUCUGGCAAAGUACGGCAAUUUCCACGCCCACUUGAGGGCCGCAGAGGCACUGGCCGACCGUGCCGGCGAACAGAUUCGAGAUCUGUAUGCCGACCAUGCGGAGAAGAGGGAUGUCACUGCCCGAAGAAGAGGCGAGGUCGCUGAGUGGGUGGCGAGUAUUAAAGUCGUGGCUACGGAUACCGGCCUCCGUGUCACCAAUGGUAUCUUUGAGGUCACGGGUGCUAGUUCCACCGCCAGGAAAGUCGGCCUGGAUCGCUUCUGGAGGGACCUUAGGGUUCAUUCGUUGCAUGAUCCUGUUGCGUAUAAGGAGAGGGAAGUGGGGAGGUUCUUCUUGUUGGAUGAGGUCCCGGAGCCAACGUGGUAUACUUGA